AUGUUGGGGAUUUUAAGGCAAAAAGUGGGAGCUGGAAGCUCAUCUGCUAUGAUUUUGGGGCAGUCCGUGCAGAGGAUCCGCCCCACCACAUCGGCAUUGAGAGCGUUUUCAUCUUCCGCAAAAGAGAUGACAGUGAGGGAUGCUUUAAACUCUGCACUCGAUGAGGAAAUGUCUGCAGACCCGAAAGUGUUCUUGAUGGGUGAAGAGGUUGGGGAAUACCAAGGUGCUUACAAGAUAUCCAAAGGACUUCUCGACAAGUAUGGCCCUGACAGAGUUCUUGAUACCCCCAUCACGGAGGCUGGGUUCACUGGGAUUGGAGUUGGUGCUGCUUACUAUGGUUUGAAACCUGUUGUAGAGUUUAUGACCUUUAACUUCUCAAUGCAGGCAAUUGACCACAUCAUCAAUUCUGCUGCAAAAUCAAAUUAUAUGUCUGCAGGCCAAAUAAAUGUACCCAUUGUUUUCAGAGGACCAAACGGUGCUGCUGCUGGUGUUGGUGCCCAGCACUCUCAAUGUUAUGCAGCAUGGUAUGCUACUGUCCCUGGGUUGAAAGUUUUGACCCCUUAUUCAUCUGAAGAUGCUCGUGGGCUCCUAAAGGCUGCCAUUAGGGACCCUGAUCCUGUUGUUUUCCUUGAGAAUGAGUUGCUAUAUGGUGAGUCAUUUCCUGUUUCAGCUGAAGUUCUUGAUUCCAGUUUUUGCCUUCCAAUAGGGAAAGCUAAGAUUGAGAAAGAAGGAAAGGAUGUCACUAUUACAGCUUUUUCAAAAAUGGUCGGCUAUGCUCUGCAGGCGGCUGAGAUACUCGCUAAGGAAGGAAUCAGUGCUGAGGUCAUAAAUUUGCGGUCAAUUCGUCCUCUGGACAGGAACACCAUCAAUGCUUCGGUCAGGAAAACCAACAGGCUGGUAACAGUUGAAGAAGGGUUUCCUCAGCAUGGUGUUGGUGCUGAAAUCUGCACAUCUGUUGUUGAGGAUAGCUUUGGCUAUCUUGAUGCACCGGUUGAGAGGAUUGCUGGGGCUGAUGUUCCGAUGCCUUAUGCUGCUAAUUUGGAGAGAUUGGCUGUUCCUCAGGUAGAAGAUAUUGUUCGUGCGGCAAAGAGAGCGUGCUACAGAUCGGCGUCAUUGGCUGCAAGUGCUUAA